UCAUGAUGACGGGCAGAAACUCAGGUGGGGAAAGUUUCCUCCUCGAGCCGAGACGUGCAGGUCAGCCGCCCGUUCGCGGUGGCUAGAAGCACAAAUAAACAACAGAAGAUGGGGAAACUUCAGGCGUUUGAGAUCACUCUAAAAGACAACAAAGUGGUUUACAGUCCCGGCGAGUCCAUCUCCGGCACUGUGAAAAUCAAUACUGCCCAGUCUAUACAGUGCAAAGAAAUCAAGGUGAACUGCCAGGGUUACUGUGGCGUGACCAACAAAGUGAACGACACAGCCUGGGUAGAGGAAGAGCAGUACUUCAGCAGCUCUCUAUCAGUGGCAGAUAAAGGCACUCUGAAACAAGGCGAGCACACUUUUCCCUUCAAAUUUCUCAUACCAGCCACAGCUCCAACAUCAUAUGAAGGCCCCUAUGGAAGGAUUAUGUACAGAAUUAGAGCCUUUAUCGACACUCCCCGCUUUGCAAAGGACUACCGGACAGAGAAGCCCUUCUAUAUGCUGAACAACAUUAACCUCAAUGAAGUUCCUGACAUAAAUGAGCCAAGCUCAUCAUCUGUAACUAAGAAUUUCUCGUACAGUCUGGUGAAGAAUGGGACAGUUGUGCUGACAGCUAACAGUGACCUGCGAGGCUACGCUCCAGGUCAGGUCAUCAAAGUGUCCGCUGAGAUUGACAACCGAUCAGGGAAGUCCACAGGCCAUGUGGUGGCAAGUCUGAUGCAGAAAGUUACAUAUAAUACAAAGAGACCAACGCACGACUUGAGGGCGAUAGCAGAAGUGGAGGGGGCUGGAGUGAAGGGAGGAAAGCAGGCUGAGUGGAAAGAGCAGAUCAUUGUGCCUCCUCUGCCCCAGUCUUCUCUGGCUGGCUGUAAUCUCAUCAAGAUUAACUAUUUUAUUCAGGUUUCUCUGAAGUACCCGGAAGUGUUACUGACUCUGCCCAUCCACAUUGGAAAUGUUGCAAUCGAUCCUAGCCUCCACACUCCAUCCAGGCCGGCGGCCCCUCUCCCAAGACCACGCGCAACCCCUUCUUCUACUUCUACCACUCCUACAACCACAGCUUCAUCUCGCUCUGCUUCCACCACCACUCCUCCUCAGACAGCCCCCAGACCUGCCCCCCGCCCACGGCCCCGCAGCACUUGCAUCGCCCCGAGCGCCCCUCCGCCAGAGCCAGAUAUGCUGGAUGCGGGCUCUCGCCACAGUGAGGAGAUCCCCACCAAGAUCCACUCUCAGCAGCAGGCCAGCGGCUCUGAGGCUGCCAUUUCUCCCAACGCCUUUAGCUACGCUCCAGGCCUCACCUUCCCACAGAAUCAGCGCAGCAACAGCAGCAAUGUUUCAGCACCCCAAUUCUGCAUCUCCACGGGGGCCACCAUCCCUUUCUUCACGGAGGGAAAUGCCCCACCCGUCCCAACCAACUGCCCCCUCGUCCUGCCUCCAGACUACAGGAGUUCAUCAUACCCACACGAGCCUCCACCAUCUUAUGAAGACAGCUGCACCAACACCUAAAGGAUUUAUGCAGUCUGUAUUAAAGAAUAACACCUCAUCACUCAUUUUAGGACUCACAGUUCUUGCUCUUUCGGGACAACGGGACCAUGUUCACACUGGAAGUGAUUAGAGCAAUAAGACUGAAGUGAAGGUUUUUUUUUUUUUCUUCCUGCAAGCAUGGAGUGGCAUCUGUGAUGCCACUAAUUUAAAUGUAUGAUUGUUUAUUAGUUUUUAAUUGGAAGUCAUUGUGUUUUGUGACAUUUGGACAGCCCAAGAGAAAAAGUUAUCAGUUUUAAAUUGUUGUUAUUAGUAUUAUUGUGGAUCAUUCAAAACACUAACAAACUAAAUAUUAUGCUAAUUAACCAGUGGGCCUUUUUGCGCACUUUCAGUAACGAGCCGUAGUCACUAAAAUCUUUAUCCUCUCUGUUCAUGUUGGGUUUUGUUUGUUCUUUUUACUGAUUUACUGAUUGUUGGUUAAUAAGAUUUUAGAACCUGUCUUAUAAAUGUGUCGAAAAAGUAGACGUGCACCGAUAUUCAGUAACAAGGUUAACUGUGAUAUUCAACAUACACAGUAUUGUUAUCAUUGAUGUUCUGAAAUACUGUUAUUGCAUUUUGGACAAAUUCACAAGUGAUGUGCCGUCAAUCAAUGCCAGAAAAAACAGGGUUCAGUAAAUUAAUGUACCAUUAUACAAAGUCCUGUAAUGGAAGUCUUUUUCCAUUUUCAGACAGAUAUACCCACAAUAUAUAACCACAAUAUUGCUAUUUAUGUAAUUCAGACGCCUACAUGUGUGCAUCUCAUAAUUGCAGCCAUUUUUAAAUCCAACUUUGUGAUAAUAUUGUAAAAUGUGAUAAGAAGGUAGGUAGAAAUCAUAUUCAUACACACAUCUGGGCAAUAAUGGAAAUGUUUUAUCCUAUUAAUUUAAUAUAUAUAUUUGUCUGUGUUUCUACUUAAGAUUUUUGUAAAAAGUAUUGUAUUUUCAUCUAAAGAUAUUUGAUUACAUUUAAAUAAACCUGUUUUCAAAGCCAAA